AGUUUCGCGAACAAUCAGCAACCAAAGAUCUGUGCCAGUAGUUAGGCUAGCACAGAGGUGUGCAAAUGAGUGAAAAUUUUAUUUGCCAACGGAUAACCCUAAAUUCACUGAGAUUGUGGACACUAACUUGGCGUCAGUAAACAAUUAAGUUUGCAAUUCCCGCCUUUUUAUUGCCCGAGGAAGAGGGAAACCCAUACCCUCGAAACGUCGCAAAUAAAAUAUACUAUACAGUGAAAGUAAAUAGAUUUGAGGUCUUUUCCGUGUUUUCCCCAACAGUAUUUCGCAAAUUAUGCGACCGUGAGAUGUAUACGAGAACAACAGUAUGGUGUAAGUAAAGCAGGUGUGUCAAUAAACUCCUUGUGGACUGGUCAUCUGUUACGUGUUAGAAGCUAAUGUCCUUAUGGAACAAAACUAAAUGAAAAUAUGUAAUAACAAAUCAAUUUGGAGUUAAAAUUAAACGAUUUAUUACACCGUUGCUAAGGUAAUCAGGAUGUAUCAACAACAUUACCGUAAGUAGGUGCUAAUAGGAAGAACGAAAAAAAAUGUCUCGUGGUAAUAUUUUUCUCGUAAUAAAUCUGGGAUGUGAGAUGCUGUAUGUGAUUGAUCAGAGACUCAAAGCACAGUGCGUGAAUCUCGAGAAAGCUGCUCAAGUUCUGCGUGAUUUGACGGGAGUCCUGUUGGAUCCAAAAUUCCUCAUGCAGCUCAUUAGCUCCACCGAUGGCCCCGAGAAUCUCCUUACGGGUCAGCAGUGUCGCCUACUAAUGUGGGAUAUAGCAUCGUGCUCCCUGAUGCGCCUCGAUGCGACGUCGUAUGAGAAACUCUGGGAUCUCAUGGUGGUGCUGUUCAAGUGGCAACUGCACAUUGCAGCAAAUCACCCGGAGAAGCUGCUGGAGAUCACCCUGAGGCAUCUCGAUGGGAUUGGGAAGCUCAUGACGGAAAUGCGAAAGUCCAUUCUCAUUGACUGCGCCAAGAAGGCCAUCAUUGAUCACUGGGAUGGGUUGGAGUGUCCCCAAAGGAUGGGCGUUAUGCGAUCCCUCGUGAAGUGGUUGCGUCCAUUUCGUGUGAAAAUCAGCAUUCUCCUCAGGUUGGGAUUGCAGCAGAACGAUGGGAAAUUCGUGGAAGUCGCUGAUGAUGAUCCACGACAAUUCUACACGAUGACCAUCGGGGAGAAUAUCUAUGCCAAGAGUGCCAAUGUUGGGAGGAAUCGUUCAGCUGGACACCAGAGCUCCCUAUCAACGCUCCAGGCGUCCACAAAUGACUUAACCACCCUGGCGGAUCAACUCACCGUACCCAGUGACGAAGGGAUGCAGCAAUCAACUUACUGUCUUCUCGACAAUAUAAUCUUAAGUGCAGCAGAUGAUGAUACGGGCAGGGAUGCAGCAGUGCAACAGCGAACGCAUGAAUUCGUUCGUAUCACCUCCGAGGACACCAUUGAGAGUCGCCUGCAGGAUUUGGGAUUCGCAGCAAUGGAAACAACAGAGGAAGCUACACAGGAACCACAAUUAACAGCACAUGAGCAACUUCUGCAACUUCUUGACACGGAAAAUUCCGAAGAAUGACUGUAAUACUCUAAUAUUCAGAAGCUUCUUUGCAAUGAAGCUCUAUCUCUUGUUAAAAUGGCAGGAAGGAGGAGGAAUUAAGAAGGGAAAUUACUUUCUUCUCUCUUUGUUGAAAUUAAAUUAAAUAUGUAUUCAAUAAAUUC